ACCAGCUGGGGAAAGCCCGGCGUACCGGUACGAGUACUCGAGUCCAGUAGUCUAACCGUACUGUCCGGUCGGCAUUGGAUCACACUGAUCACCCGCCUUCACAUGCUGCAUUCGACGAUCCGGAUAUGCCUGCGCAGUUGCGCAGCAUCGGUUUUUGGCGUCACAUGUCACAACCUUUCCCCAGGGCCCAAGCCCGCUUUCUCCCCCGUCGAAGGCUUCCCCAAACUAUUUCUAUCGCCUCUCCGCUUCUCCACCCGUUUCCUCCCCUCGCUCUCUCACAUUGUCCGCCUCUUAUACCACUUUCGUGUCUGUUUUAAAAACCGCUAGUUAUCGCCAUGUCUGGUUAGUUGUUGGCUCUCUGUCCACUUACUCACUCUUUGUUCUAGGGCUCACAAGCUAACUCGGUCCCAGCCUCCGCCCGCCUCAACCAGAUUACAAAGCAACUUGCUCCGGGCAGCAAGUCGGCUCGCGACUCUCUCCUCGAGAAGCAUGCCGAUGAUGUAGGCUACGAUGGCUCCCAGCUUUCCCCUUUUAAAACCAGCUUCAACUAAAAAUUUAGGUUGUUGUGACAUGCGCUCUACGAACGGCUUUGACAAAGGGCGGACGCGGUGCUUUCAAAGAUACCCCGGCACAGGACCUGUUAGUCGGUGUUCUCAAGGGGCUCAUCGAACGCUCCGGAAUCAACCCUGCUGUUGUUGAAGACGUUGCCGUGGGAACUGUGCUCGCCCCUGGUGGCGGGGCCACCGAGUCCAGGGCGGCAAGUUUGGUUGCUGGAUUUCCCGUUGAAACCGCCGUAUAUUCGCUAAACAGGCAGUGUUCCAGCGGCCUGGCUGCGUGUGCCAACAUUGCCAACGCGAUCCGUGGCGGGCAAAUCGAUGUUGGUGUCGCAGCCGGUGUUGAGAGCAUGAGCACUCAGUAUGGGUAUGUUGCUCCGACGCCAAUUCCCGCGAUCGUUGCUCACAUUUCGAUAGUCCUGGUGCUGUUACCGAGUUCUCUGAUCUUCUCGACAGCUACGUUCAAGCUAAGAAUUGCAAGGUUCCCAUGGGCGUGCUUUCGGAGCAGAUGGCUAAGGACAGGAACAUUUCUCGAACCAAGCAAGACGCUUUCGCUGCCGAAUCGUUUCAGAAGGCCGAGAGGGCUCAAAAAGCUGGUCUCUUCGUUGAAGAGAUUUACCCACUCGAGGUCAACUUUGAGGACCCCAAGACGGGAGAGAGCAAGCGUAUCAUUGUUGACAAGGAUGAUGGAAUCCGUCCCGGAAUGACUGCAGAGGGUUUGGCCAAGAUCCGCCCCGCUUUCGCUAAGGACGGUUCUAUCCACGCUGGAAAUGCGUCUCAGAUCUCCGAUGGCGCUGCCGCCGUUCUCCUCAUGCGCCGCAGCACCGCUGAAAAGCUUGGACAGAAGAUCAUCGGGAAAUUCGUUGCGUCGGCCAUCGCUGGGGUUGAGCCCUUGCUGAUGGGUAUCGGCCCUUGGGCCUCCAUCCCCAAGGUGUUCGCCAAGACCGGUCUCACCAAGGAUGACGUCGAUAUUUUCGAGAUCAACGAGGCAUUUGCCUCUCAGUGCUUGUGGUGUGCGGAGGAGUUGGGUUUGGAUAAAGCCAAGAUCAACCCCAAAGGGGGAGCCAUCGCUUUCGGUCAUCCUCUUGGAUGCACUGGUGCUCGCCAGGUCUCAACUCUGAUGACCGAGUUGAAGAGGACGGGCGGAAGGAUCGGAUUGACCUCCAUGUGCAUCGGAACCGGAAUGGGAAUGGCUGCUGUAUGGGUUGCGGAGUAUUAGGUGGAUAGCUUGAGGGACAAUUAGAACUUUCUUUUUUCCCCUUUGCUGAGAGCUUGGCACCCCUGUAUAAUAAUAAGUAGCAUUGUGCCAUGAUUAAAUUACUUGACGUUUUCCG